GAAGCUACGUCACAUCCUAUUUCACGAUGGCGGUUGAUUUGACUCCGAGGUUUAGACGAUUGAACAGUCAAACACGGAGCCUUCGUGAAAAUGUUAAACCAGGAUUCUCGGGGCCCUUCCACGCUACACAGCUGUGGCACAACAUUAUCCAGGCGCUGCAGACACAGGUGGAGGUGCGACGACGGCGGCACCACCUGCGUGUCCACCCUGACUGCUUCACGGGCUCAGAUGCUGUAGAUGCUGUGCUCAACUACCUGAUGCAGAACGUCGUCUUCUGCGCCAGCGAGGUGUCCCGCCUCAAGGCCGCCAGGCUCUGCCAGGCGCUCAUGGAGGCCAAGGUGUUUGAGGCGGUGGGGACCAAGCUGUUCCGACGGGACAAGGAGGUCACUUUCGAGGACACGGGCUGCAGCCUCUACCGUUUCCAGGACUGCGGCUCGCUGCCCGGCUCAGCCAGGAAGGAUGGGGACACAGAGAACAUGGCCCCCGAGGACUUUGUGGGCAAGAGGAAAAAAGGCUCCAGACUGAAUGAGCUGAGGAUCAUCUCCAACCCCCUGGCGCUGGGCCCCUCUGACCGGAGGGUGGAGAGGCUGCUGAAGACAAUCAACCUACAGCUCUUCCACCCUAAGGUCAUGACCAAAGCCCCCACCGCCACCUUCCUCUCAAAGACGGUGGUGGAGGAGGUGUGGAAGCAGCAGACGCUGCUCCAGCUGCUGCAGACGGUGGAGCUGCCCGUGCUGGACUGCAUCCUGGCGUCCCCGACCCGGGGGGCUCAACCUCACCCCCAGGCUGGAGCCCUGCAGCCGCUGCAGAGCCAUCACCAGGACCUGGUCAUCUCCAACACCUGCCUGGACCGCGAGCUGCCCCAGAGCCUCAACCUCCCCGAGCUGGACGCGUGGCUGGUGGCAGCCGCCGACUGCCUGGAGCUCUUCCCUGACCAGCUGAUCGUAUUGGCGGGGGAGCACCUCCUCCAGCAGGGCGGUACCACGGGGGCAGAGAGGAUGGCCGGCCAGAAGAGACUGCUGUUUGACACCAUGGCUAAGCAUUACGGAGGCCAGGAGAGGUCCCCGCUGCUCACCGGACGCUACCUGGACAUCCACACGGCGAUACUGGACCUGCUGGACGGUGGGAAGGUGGAUGAUGCUAUCAGGGCCUAUCAGCUGUGUCUGCGUCUGCUGGAGCCUGCUGGGAGAGAUGAGCUGAGGAGACUCCUGGCCUUCAUGGCCACAGCAGCCCAUCCAGAUGCAUGCCGCCUGCACAAACAGACAGACAACAGGUCCCUGGUCAGCAGGACAUUUCUGAAGGCCAUCGUGCAGAAUAAAGAGCUAUCUCGUACCCAGAGCGAGAGGCUGCUGCUGUUUCUGAUGGACAACCACACUCAGCUCUUCAAGACCCCCACAUCGCUGAUUGAAGCUGUGAGGAGGACACUGCAAAUCCUGCAGCAAGGAAGAGAUCCGGACAACAUUGCGAUGUUCACGUUCUGCCAGCAGGUGUCGCUGCAGCAGUACGAGGACCAGCGCGAGGCAGCCACCCUGGAGAGCUUGACGCAGCUGAUCAGAGACAUCAGCCUGAGCGAGGCCCUGUCUAUCAAGGAGAGGAGGCGGCGGGUCAAGGACUUCCAGAAACACCAUCCCAUAGUCUUUCUCCAGCACUUCUCCUCCACCUUCUAGGGGGGAAAUAAAUGUAAUGAGUGGUGGGAGACCCAAUCCAAAAUCAAGCCUUACCUCUGCCAUGCAUUUGUAGAUUUGAAAGGAUUGGAUCAGUUAUAAGCAAUUCAAGGUAUUAAGUAUUCCACUUACCCAAUCAGAGGGUAAGGUCAUUCCAGGGCCAUGUUCAGUUGCAGAUUGAAAUGAGCCGAUGUGAUUCCUUAUUCUACAUGUCAGAGGCAUGUUUGAUCUACAUAGUGUAUUUAUAUCUGAACGUUCUAAACUUUCAACCUGCUGAACGUGCCUCUGGUCUACACAAGGGCAUACUGCAUAGGGGAUGGGCCUAGGGGUUGAUUUUUUGGAAUUGGGCAGUAAGGGAUCCUUGUCGCCUUAACAAGUGCUUUGGUUCUUUGUUAUGCAAACAGUUGUCACAGUGCUGUGCGCGUUACGUGGGAUGAAAUAUCUAUUUUGAUUUAAUGUAGGCCUAGUUUGUGUCAUAUUUUAGUGUUACUCUUACGAGGCUUUGCUUUUCAAGAGGUCUUAUGCAUCCGGCUUCGGAAUGCAUUUGCACUAGUUCCUAGGCCAUAGUAAGUUCUCAUCAACACUAGAUGCUAGUGGUAUGAUAGUAGCAAUUGUUUUGUUCUAACACGAAGAGAUGCACUUACCCAGGUGCCUCGAGUUUAUUUCUGGGGAAUGAGAGCAUUCUCUGCUUUCCUUAGCUGGUGCCUGUCAGGGAAAACUCUUGAUUUCGUUGAAAUCUACAUCUAAUGUUGGUAACACAUUUGCACAUGUAUUUGUUUCCAACUAACAGGCAUAGGAUCUGGGAAUCAAUUCAGGGGUUGUUUUGGUAUCAAGUAGCUAGUUUUCUCAGGUAGUUUUUUAUUUAGGUACUGUGAAUAGAAGUUUACUGUAGAUUAAGCUUGAAGAGAAAUCGCUUUAGACGAAUAAGCAUUACACUAUUUCUUUACCUUAAUUGAAAUUUAACACACUUGUGUUUUUAAGACCGUCAUUUAGCAAAUGACUUAUUGUUUUGAAUUUCGUCAAUUGCAUCUUAAAACUGGUAAGGGAAUAAUGCUGGUAGCACUACUUUUAUAUUUGUACAUUUUCUGUAGGGGACAGUUCUGUUGCAAUGGUAUUUAUCUACUGUAGUUAUUUGUGGAACUGUUUCCCACACUUAUCAAUAACCUAUUACAUAUCUGUUAAUCACAUAGUUGACACUAACUAUUCUAAUAUAUUGACUUGUAAUAGGUUUUGAGCAUAUGGGUUUGUAAGUUUAAUCAUAAAUUGGUAAAUGGUGGAAUGUUGAAAAUGCAGCCAAGCUUCAAGUCUUUACUUUUGUAGUUUAUUGGUGGUCUUACAAGUGGAUGAUUUGUCUCUAAGUGCCAUAUAUUUUUAGCUCAACUUGAAGGUUGAGUGAAUUAACUUGUUGAAAUGAGAGUAAAUCAUAGAAUCCAGGGGUGUAUUCAUUAGUUGCACACCCUAGCAAAAAGUUGUGCAACAGAGAACUUUUCGCAACGAAAAUGAGUUUCUAUUGGACAAAUUGAAAUAGGUCCCUCCCUGUUUAGUUCUGUUUGGUUCUUAGUGAAUACACCCCAAGUUACUUGUUGUGAAUGUUACAUUGUUAAUUAAGUUGUUGCAUCAUUGGUACUAUGUUUUAAAUUCAAGAGCAUUUACUGUACUGUGCAUGUUGCUGCCUCCUUUGAGGUUUACAUAUCUUAGUCAACAGAAUAGUACACAUGACAUGAUCUGUAACGUUGCCAAGUGAGGUUUUAUGGUUAAUUCAUUGAAUUUUGAAAUGCACUUUGUUGAAUACAGUACAAUAAAGUACUUUUAUUGAACAUCA